UCAACUCCAGAUGAAGAGACAGAGUCACAGAACAGAGAUCAGAGGAAGAGAAGAGACACAAGUCAUGUCCAAAGUGUGGCCCGCUCUCACAUGUCAGAAGGUCAGUGUGACUCUGAUGUUAGAAAAGAGAUCAAGAAGGAAGCUUUGGUUAAGAAACACAAACAAUCCCCAAAAGAAAAGAGACUUUCCUGUAUUAAGUCUGGCAAUGGAACAAGAAUCACACAAAAUAUGUCUGCCCACACCAGAACUAAGUCUGACAAAGGACUUUAUGUCUGUGAGGAAUGUGGUAAAGGAUUUGGUACAAAGUCUUACUUCAGAAUUCACAUAAAAAUUCAUACAGGAGAAAAGCCUUUCCCUUGCAGAGAAUGUGACAAAAGCUUUAGAUUUGCAUAUAGACUCAAAACACACAUGAGAACUCAUACAGGAGAAAAGCCUUUUUCUUGCAGAGAAUGUGACAAAAGUUUUAGCUUUAGAUAUAAACUCAAAUUACACAUGAGAACUCAUACAGGAGAAAAGCCUUUUUCUUGCAGAGAAUGUGACAAAAGUUUCACCCUUCCAUGUAGUCUCAAAAAACACAUUAGAACUCACACAGGAGAAAAGCCUUAUUUGUGUAACGAAUGUGACGCAAGAUUUAGUCAAAUAGGUCAUCUCAAAUCACACAUGAAAACUCAUACAGGAGAGAAGCCUUUUUUGUGUAAAGAAUGUGAUAGAAGUUUUAGCCAUGUAUGUAGUCUAAAAAAACACAUGAGAACUCAUACAGGAGAGAAGCCUUUUUCGUGUAAAGAAUGUGAUAGACGUUUUAGUGAACUAUAUCAUCUCAAAAGACAUAUGAGAACUCAUACAAGAGAGAAGCCUUUUUUUUGAAAACAAUGGAAACUCAGCAGAGGAGAUGUUAAGAAAAGAUUAUAGUGGUUUAACUAGGAAGGUUUAAAUAUUGUGAAAAACAUUUUUCCCUUUUUUAAAGGGUCAUGUAAAACAAGCUGUUAAAAGUAGAUUAUAAUGUUCAUUCCUCAUUAUAAACAAUCCCAAAGCAGUAUUAUGAUCCAUUCACGUAUUUCUGUGUAAUCCUCAAAAAAUGUGCACUCUGAGCACCAGCCCCUCCUAACUCACAAAAACAAGCUGGUUCUCAUAAACUGACAUCACAAAGUGAGGACGGCCCCUUUUAGGAAGCGUCUACACUGAUAGCACCACCCCAGACUAAAUACCUUCAAAAUUCUUUCACUUUAGCAUUGACUCUGAGAAGAAAUGGGUUCCUCUUUCACCUAAUCUGCAGAGACAGAUUAGAUCGAUAUGGAUACAGUUCACUCUGAAUGGGUUAACAGGUACAUGAUAAAGACCUCAAAACGGUCUGUCAGUUGAUAAAAAGAAGUUGGUUUCUAAAACACGUCACAGCUGACAAGCUGUGUGGAGAUUCUGCUUUUAUUUUCCAGCAGAACUUGGAUCAUUUCCACUCUACUAGAGGUACCUAACCCUGCUUAUCCCUAAACAUCUGUUUCUGUGUUUGAUCAACCAGCAAAUUCCCUGACCUGAACCCAAUAAAAAAAACCUAUCAAGUGUUUUUAAAGAGGAAGAUGAGACAGCAGAGCCAACAAUGAAGAUGAGUUGAAGUCAGCUAUCAAAUGAACCUGAGCUUUUAUUCCAUGUACACAGAGCCACAGGCUGAUGGCCUCCAUACCACAUUGAUGCAGUCAUUCAAUGAAAAGGAGGAACAAGUGAUUAUUGAAUGGAGACAAAAGAACACUUUUCUGAAUCUGACAUGUACUGAAAACAUCCUUUAUGAUUCUUCUGAUAGAAUAUUCUCAUUUUCUUAAACCAUUUUUUUUAGGUUUUCAUCAUCUAUAAGUCACUAUGAUUACAUUGAUCAAAGUAAAGAAAUGUGUAAAUAAUUCUGAACAUCAUGAGUUUCACUUUUGUGUUAAUUAACAAAAAUAUUUAAAUUGAUCAUGAAAUGUCUUUACAAAUACUUGGAAGUUGAAAUGUUUUGUUCAGAAUUAUGACGGUAAGGUUUGAUUUUUAUGAUUUUUUUGAUAAUGUGUAAUUUUUGUUGGUUAAUUUUUAUUAAUAGUUUUUUGUACAUUUAUUAUAUUGCUUAGAGUUAAGUUAACCAUUGUGGUUGUAGUUUAUUCUCUGAGACAAUGUAUAUGUGUUACCAUGACAACACUAGCAGUAUUUUCUUAACUUUUUAUCUGAUAGGUAAACAUUUCAUUUUAUUGUUUUAGACUAAAACUGACUGCAGUUCAAAUUUUGUUGAGUCAUGUGAGCAAGUUACCAUUUUGUGGGAAAAAAAAAGCUACAAUAAGCACUCAGAUAAAGAGUGCGACUGGUGUUUAUGUGCUGUUGUGAUUCAUGUUUUGUAUCAGAGAUUAGAAGUGUUUCUCUGUUUUUCUGUUCCAAUCUUUUUUUGUGAAGAAUAAAGUGGACGUGAACAUCA